CAGCCUUUUGCUCCUUCCUUUCAUUAAACAAACAGAUCUUGAAACCUGGACCCUGUGUAAGCCGCAGCACCAGGAGGAAGCAGAGGCAGAGGCAGAGGCAGAGGCAGAGUACGGGAUGGGCGCCGAGGGGGAUCUGUGAUCCCGCGCACCCCCACCCCACGCGCGCGCGCGCACACACACACACAUACAUACACAUUCGCACUAACACACACUCGUCCACGCCCGCGCCGCACGCUAGCCGGCUCGCUCUCCCACGCAGGCGGAAUGCAGCAGAGCCCCGCGAGCGUGUCUCCGGCCGCUGCCUGAAUGCACCUAGCUCCCGGGAGCCGGACGGCCCAGUAGGGCGCACCGGAGGACGCUCCGCCACCAGAGCCUGGACAGUUGCAGACGGUGCAGCCUUGCUACAUGGUGUAAGAAAUGGCUGUAGGAAACAACACUCAGCGAAGUUAUUCCAUCAUCCCGUGUUUUAUAUUUGUUGAGCUUGUCAUCAUGGCUGGGACAGUGCUGCUUGCCUACUACUUCGAAUGCACUGACACUUUUCAGGUGCAUAUCCAAGGAUUCUUCUGUCAGGACGGAGACUUAAUGAAGCCUUACCCCGGGACAGAGGAAGAAAGCUUCAUCACCCCUCUGGUGCUCUAUUGUGUGCUGGCUGCCACCCCAACUGCUAUUAUUUUUAUUGGUGAGGUAUCCAUGUAUUUCAUAAAGUCAACUAGAGAAUCCCUGAUUGCCCAGGAGAAAACGAUUCUAACCGGAGAGUGCUGUUACCUGAACCCCUUGCUCCGGAGGAUCGUACGAUUCAUAGGGGUAUUUGCAUUUGGGCUUUUUGCUACUGACAUUUUUGUAAACGCCGGACAAGUAGUCACUGGGCACCUAACGCCGUACUUCUUGACGGUGUGCAAGCCAAACUACACCAGUACAGACUGCAGAGCCCACCACCAGUUCGUCAACAACGGGAACAUCUGUACCGGGGACCUGGAAGUGAUCGAAAAGGCUCGGAGAUCCUUUCCCUCCAAACACGCUGCCCUGAGCGUUUACUCCGCCUUAUACGCCACGAUGUACAUCACAAGCACAAUCAAGACCAAGAGCAGUCGACUGGCCAAGCCAGUGCUGUGCCUCGGGACCCUCUGCAUGGCCUUCCUGACGGGCCUCAACCGGGUCUCCGAGUACAGGAACCACUGCUCCGAUGUGAUCGCAGGCUUCAUCCUGGGCACUGCCGUAGCCCUGUUUCUGGGAAUGUGUGUGGUCCAUAACUUUAAAGGAACGCCAGAAUCUACUUCCAAACCCAAACCCGAGGAUCCCCGUGGAGUGCCCCUAAUGGCUUUCCCAAGGAUAGAAAGCCCGCUGGAAACCUUAAGUGCACAGAAUCACUCCGCUUCCAUGACCGAAGUUACCUGAGACGGCUGCUGUGUCACAAGCUGUUUUUUUUCAAUCACCCUCCAAUUCGAUACUUCAAGACACACAGUUACGCAAUGUCAAACUGUGAAGACAAGUAUUAUGUUUAUCUAGUUAGAGGCUAAUGUUUUGUACAUUUUUGUAUGAGGAAGUGAUGUAGCUUGCCCUGAUUACUAUUUUUUUUUUUGGUCAGCUUUCAUAUAUUCAUGCCAGAAUUUCAAACCAACAAAAUUUUCUUCUUGUUCAAGUGUGCAUUGAGGAACCACAUUUAUUCAACCAUGGAUGUUGUUUUGUGAUAUUUGUACACAAACCUUCUUUUUGCAGUUUUAUAAACACAGAAAUAAAACUAGUAUAACAAUUCACUUUGAUCUUUUAUCACCACAGUUGCUGCCUCCUUCAGAAUUUUUGAAUAUCCCUGAAAGUUAACUUUUGAGUUUCGGGGAGGACAAUGUUGGUUAAUGGAAAAUCUCAAAAUCAAUUGUGCAGAAGCAAUAUUACUUUCAACAGGAACCUUGUGUUCUGCUCUCUGCACAUGUCAUUGCAUUCUAAGUUCAAGUGCAAUGUUAAUGCAGUCACCUAGUUACACAAGUGGCAG